AUGUCAAGGUGUGUCGCGGGUGUUGAAGGAGUGUGUAUGCUGGGAGAGCCGAAUGUGUGUGUAGCACUAUUGGCCGUGGAGGCAUUUGCAGGUGAGGAAGGCGAUGAAGACGGCGAAAAGCGAGACGAUGCUGCCGGCGAACGAGGCGAGAAACGACCAAGCCGGCAGGAUCCACCAGGCGAAGAUGAGAUUGCCGAACAGGCAGGAGAGUGCACCGACGCCGAGAAGAAGCAUCUUGACGCUGCCCAGAAUCGGGCCGGGCAGCAGACUUUUGGCCCAGAGACCGCAAAAGUCCACCACCAUCACGAGGCUGAGCAAGAAGACGCCGACGAAGAGGAGAGCAAGCACCACGAGGAUGGGCAACGAGUGGAAACAGCCGCCGUGCAACAGACUGCCGCAAUGCCAGUGUCGUGUCGCCAGACCGGAGAUGAGCAGUCCCACGCCGAGCACCAGAAGUGGUAG